GAAUGACAAAUUGCAAUGAAGAGCGCCAACAUGAGGGGUCUGGUGUCAGUGUUGGUGUUGGCGUGCGCGGCGGCGGCGCUGGGCGAGGAGCCGGUGCUGCGCUACUACCACGAGAGCGCGGGCAUCGCCGAGGCGGCGCGCAUCCAGCAGCUCGAGCGCGCCAUGGACUUCGACGGCUCGCGCAUCGUCGGCGGCACUGCUACAGCUGUGGGGACUUAUCCUUUCCUGGUGGGUCUGGUGAUCACGCUGUCGAACGGCGGCACGUCCGUGUGCGGCUCCUCCAUGCUGAGCAACACGCGCGCGCUCACGGCGGCUCACUGCUGGUUCGACGGCCGCAACCAGGCGCGCCAGUUCACGCUGGUGUUCGGCUCCGCGCGUCUUUUCUCGGGCGGUACCCGCGUCGCCACCUCCAGGGUGCAGAUGCACGGCAACUACAAUCCGAACACUUUAAGCAACGAUGUUGCCAUGAUCUUGUUCGGCCAUGUCUCCUACACAAACGUCAUCCAGGCGGUGGCUCUUCCUACUGGCUCUCUGCAGAGCUCCAACUUUGCUGGUCAGUGGGCGCGCGCCGCUGGUUAUGGAAAAACUAGUGACGCUGCCGGCAUUUCCCAGAGCCAGUUCCAGAGCCACGUGUCUCUGCAGGUGAUCACGAACGCGGUGUGCGCGCAGUCGUUCGGCAGCAUCGUGAUUGCGUCCACGCUGUGCACGAGCGGCGCCGGCGCCGUGGGCACGUGCAGCGGCGACUCGGGCGGCCCGCUCAGCGUCUCCAGCGGCAACCAGCGCGUGCUGAUUGGUGUGACUUCGUUCGGUUCAGCUCGCGGCUGCCAGAUUGGGCUGCCGUCUGGAUUUGCUCGCGUCACCUCAUACUUAUCUUGGAUCCAAUCACGACUUUGAACACUAAAUCCUGUC